AUGGAAGGACCUGCAUCCGCGCGUUCUUCCAACCAGCCCGCUUUGAGCAAGCUCAAAAGAAACAUGAUGCUCCAGACCAUAGAGAAGAAAAGACAAGUCCAUUUAACCAAGGCCAAGAAAAGACAUCAUGAAAGAACUGCACCUCCUACAAGGCUGACCAGUUGCAUUUUUAAAAGGCCAGUCACAAGCAUAACUUCCCAUCCUGGCAAUGAGGUCAGGUAUAAUCAAUGGGACAGGAUCUUGGAGAAGCCCCAGCAAAUCUCUGCAUACAGCAGACUGCAGGGACUCCAAGCCCACAGCAGUGAAGGAGAACUUUUAAGUACUUUGGACUUCAUAAGUACCUCACAAGUCAUUGCACGAGGCAGUGCGGAGGUAGGGUUUCUACCUAGUGGCCCUGGGCCCAGCAUGGUACCAUUUUGGGCAGGGAUGGUCCCAGGAGUGGGUCUCCAUCUCCCACCACCCAUCUGCAGACAGCAAGUAACACCUGGAGAUAUCCGGAGGCAGACUUGGAAAGUGAAAAAAUCAAGAGAGAGACUGGCUGAGGCCUUGAGGGCAGACAGGCUUGCCAGGCAGGUGGAGAGAGCCAGAAGCCAAGAGGAACGUUCUGACAACUAG